AUGUCCUGGAGCUCUACUCGAACAGACUAUCCUCUAAGCGUUUCCAAGUCAUCAAUAUACACUAAAAGCCGCAGACAAUCAAACCGUCCCUACUCAGCAGGUGUAAGGAGUCAAGACAGCGGAUUUGUGACUAACACUGCUACUGCAAGUGACCUUGAAGGGAACGAAUUAAGUCCCCCUUUGGCUGUUUAUUCUUGGGAGUCUACUGCGGAAGAGAUCACAUUACCCCAAAAGACGAGCAUGCCACUUCGUGCCCCUAGUCGAUCGGUGGAUCGACUUUCUAGAAGUGCUUUCGAGUUAGAUAUUCCGGAUAUGAGAAAUAAAAGAGAGGAGAGAGAACGAAGUCGAAGGGAUAUGAGGGAAUUAAAUGAAAAGCUUGCAGAACAGGUUGAAGGCAUGAGAUAUUUAUCUGCUCGCAAUCGUCAAUUGACUGAUGAUAUCGACAAUCUGAAAUCUCGUUGGAUAGCAGAGUCCGAAAAGACUAAAGAACUAUACGAGGGAGAGUUACGACAACUUCGCCAACUUCUAGACGAUGCCGAUAGAGAAAAGGCAGAGAGUGUCGCCAAGCUCCUUUCCCUACAACAAUUCAGCAGGAAUCAGGAAGAACGACUUAAUAAGCUGACAAACGAGAAUGACCAGGUUAAGAAGCGUCUUGAACAGGAGUUUGAUGAGAUGAAUAAGAGAGACGGUGAAAUAGCGGCUCUUCAGCGAAGACUUAAUGAUCUCGAAGGCGAAUUGGAGAAGGAACGAAUUAACGCGGAGAAACUUAGACGAGAUAAUGAAACCAUUUGCCAGCUUAAGUCUCUACCGUAG